UACAGUACACUAAACUGGCCAAAGUUCUAUCUUUUUUUUUUUCAUAUCCGCAGGACCAAUACAAUUUGCUAGAAGCGUGGAACCGGAAGUGAUAUGGCUCAGAACCGGCUCAAACCCUACGCCCAAAUCAUCGACGGCUCGCCGAGGUGUCCAUUCGCCACCCCGGAAUCCAUCAGGAAUGCUCUGCAGUUUGUAGCCCAGAAAGGCGACCUGCUGCAAGUGUCAUUUCCCAAAAGCGGCACCCACUGGGUCCAGUACAUCACCCAGUUGAUACUCAAUGGCGGGAAACCACUCGACACGUACGAGGAGUUCACUGAACGGGCCCCGUUCAUCGAAUACCACGUGGACGCUGCUAAACACCAGACCAGCGCCCCAGUGCGGACGUUCUGCACUCACCUGCCCUUGCGCUCGGAGAAGCUGAACCCAGAGGCGAAGUAUGUCUACGUGGCCCGGAAUCCUUGGGACGUCUGUGUGUCCCUCUACCAUCACGUAAGGGAGUGUUGGGAAAUGCAGCGUAUAAUAUUUUCCAAAUUUCUUUAUUUUAUGACUUCGCUCAGCUUCUACCAAUUCCAAGAGGGAACCUUCGAUGACUUUCUGGAGGCUUUCUUGACAGGCACUCUCCCUUACGGCUGCUACUUCGAGCACCUGGAGGCCGGUUACUUGCUCAAGGGCAAACCGAACGUUCUCUUUCUCACGUACGAAGAACUGCAGAGAGACAUACGAGACGCGAUACUUCGUUUGGGUAACAUUAUCGGCGAACACUACGGGAACGUGCUAAACGAAUGUGGCAUAGAAGGGGAUACGCAAUUGGACGCUAUUGUCCAGAGGAGCAGCGCUGAAAGCAUGAGAAAGGUCAUGGCGUUCAACCUCGGCGGGCAUCCCGACCCGGAGGUUGACAAGCAGUUGAAGAGCCUUGAUGUCUCGUCAAGAGAGGGCAAUGGGGGAGACACCAAGCGUUAUAAUUUUGUCAGGAACGCCAAGAGGGGAGAGUGGAAGGAGCGCUUCUCCCCCGAGCAGCUACGACGCAUGGAGGACAGCAUCGCGGAAAAGACGAGUUGUUCUAGCAUUAUAACGGACCUUUGGAGCGACAUACGGGAGGAGGCAUUGAGUUUGUGCCGAGUGUGA